GGACCAUGAAAGGGAGGAAGGAGGAUGCAGGUCUGGCAUUUCAGCUGCAGAGUGGUUCCAGUACUAGCUCUAUAAGGAACAACUGUUCAGUUCCAGCACAGUGCAUUAUGGCUCAGUGGUGGAAUAUGGCCCUGCUACUGCUAUGGAUGUUGAUCUUUGCUCACCUAGAGCUUCUGGAUGCUUUUGAGUGCCCCCUGAGUUGUACCUGUUCUUACACAGAGCGGUUCAUAGGCUGCUCCAACGCCAGCUUGUCUUCUGUGCCCACUGGCCUCCCACAUUUCACCACAGAGCUGGACUUGCGCUUCAAUCACUUUGACCGUCUGCCAGCAACUUCAUUCCCAGGUUUACCCGAACUCACCAGCCUUUACCUUGGAAGCAGCAGAGUGCACCGAAUUGAGCCAGGAACAUUUCAGGGCAUGACGAAUUUGCACCAUCUCUAUCUGGACAACAAUCUCCUGGAAGAGAUCCCAGUGGGGACCUUUGAAAAUCUGACCAAUCUUGUUUUUCUGCAUCUGCAACACAACUGUAUUACUUCUCUUUCACCAGGUGCAUUUUCUCCUCUGAAACGGCUGAGUGUCCUGUACUUAAGCCACAACCUCUUGACUGAACUUUCAGACGUGGGCUUUAGUGGUCUCCAGCAGCUUUACCAACUUCACCUCAGUGCUAACCUUAUUGUCAACUUGUCAGCCAAGGCCCUGCCACGUAAUUUGCGCACCCUCUUCCUGGAUUGGAACAGGCUGAAGAGCGUGCCAGUUGCAAUUGGCAAUUCUGCCCGACUCUCUGUCCUUCAUCUCAGUGGAAACCCCAUCAAGGAGUUCACGUCGCUCUCCUCUGGGAGGAAGCUCGGCUCCUUGAAGGAGCUCUUCUUAGAAAGCCUGGACCUGGAGGAUGCUUCCAGCUUAAGCUUCAAAAGGCUGCGCAGGCUUGAAGUUUUGAGUUUAAGGAACAAUAGCUUAGAGUCAUUGCCCUCUCUCUCAUCGCUGAAGUAUCUCUCUACGUUGUAUCUGACUGGGAACAAGUGGUGUUGUGACUGCAACUUGAUCUGGCUUCGUACCUGGCAGAAGAAAGUGAAGAAAGAAGACCGCAGCCCUGUGGAGUGCAGUUCCCCAAGUGCUCUUCAUGGACAACAACUGGUGAAUGUAGAGUUACAAAAAUUGACUUGUCCACCUUUCCACACUGUGCCUGACUCAGUCACUUCAUCUGCAAAUAUGCUGAAGGCCGAAAGUACAACUAGUGAGGAACUUUCAACCACAAUUGCUAUCACGUUUCCUAUUACAGUUCCUACUACUCCGAUUACCAACACAAUGACCUCCACAGCAGGACCAACUGCUCACAAUGAUGCCACCAUAAAACCAACCACCUAUAAUAAUCGUAAUGGACUGGAGAACCAUGAUCCUUGCCUCUCUGACCAUAUUAGUAACAUCAGCACAAGGUCAAAAGGGAACACUGUCCUCGAGGUUACAUGGUCUUUCUCUGGAGAUCACGACCAGUUUGAAAUACGAUGCACGUCUUCUGUGGAUCAGCAUAUCCUGCGAGUAAUUGGUAGAUUAACAGAAGUUGAGCUUCACCAUCUGCAACCAGGGACAAAUUACAGAGUUUGUGUUAUUCCCCAAAAUGAGAACCUUUUGGAGUGCGAGGCUCCCGCAGCCCAGCAAUGCACAUCGGGGCACACUGCUACCCACACUCCGUCUCAGCACUUCAACUUAGUCCUGGGAAUUAGUGUUAGUUUUACAGUUCUGGUACUGAUAGCCCUGGCCGCCUUUGCCUCUUACAGGUGGUGGCUCCGACCGAUCCAGUUUCAGCGCUACUACAAUGAAGACAGACAGCUUUCUCAGCACCAUGGCAUUGCACAGUUCAAGGUAACCAAAGAGGAGCCAGUUUACGAGAGCUUAGAGGACGAUCAGCAUAUAUAUAUGACAGCUGCCAGUCAAUGGCCUGAAGAGAAUAUAGACUGCAGACCUAUUUCGCCAUCCAGAUUUCCAUCCACACCAACCUAUGUGAGCCUCUGAUUUAAAAGAAAAGAAAAUUUGAAGUCUUUAAGCUCAUUUACAUAAAUGACUAGGAGUUACAAUGCACAAAACCUCAAAAGACCAGAGUGAAGAGAGGGGGCCAGGAGGACAGUUCCACCUUGUCUCCUGCACUGUUCUAAUAAUAUAAUAUAUUGUAUAUACAUAUAAUAUUGAUAAUAUUAUAAUGUAAUACAAUAUCAUACUAAUAAUUAUAUAUUUUAUAUUACAUGUAAUAUUAAUAAUAUUGCAGUAUAAUGGUAAAAAAAAGACG